AUGGCUUCCACCUGCCUCUCCCUUUGCUUGCACGCCUCCUCGCCCUCGUCCUCGUCUCCCGGACCCCGCCGAUCCUCCCUCGCCUUCUCCUUGUCCUCCUCGUGCUCCAAGUCCAAGAGAACGCUCAAGGUCAGGGCCAAGGCGCUCAGGGAGGACUGGAGGCAGAAAUCCAAGCCCAUCCCUCCUGGCGCCGUCUACCCUGCCAAGGACCACUGCAGCCAUUGUGGGCUCUGCGACACAUACUACGUUGCGCAUGUCAAGACUGCCUGUGCCUUCCUGGGAGACGGCAUGUCCCGUGUCGAGGAUCUUGAGCCACAAGUCCACGGGAGAGGCCGGAAGGAAGGCAUGGAUGAAAUGUACUUUGGAGUCUAUGAUCAACUCUUGUAUGCCAGGAAGACCGAACCUGUUCAAGGAGCUCAGUGGACGGGAAUAGUGACAACAAUCGCAGUUGAGAUGCUGAAAGCAAAUAUGGUCGAUGCUGUGGUUUGUGUACAAAGUGAUCCUGACGACAGGCUUGCUCCAAGGCCGGUUUUGGCCAGGACACCAGAUGAAGUAAUUGCAGCCAAAGGUGUGAAGCCAACAUUAUCACCAAAUCUCAAUACUCUUGCCUUAGUCGAGGCAGCUGGUGUAAAGCGGCUUCUUUUCUGUGGUGUGGGCUGUCAAGUGCAAGCUUUGAGAUCUGUAGAAAAGUACCUUGGUUUGGAAAAGCUUUAUGUGCUUGGCACAAACUGUGUUGACAAUGGUACACGUGAAGGGCUUGAUAAAUUCUUGAAAGCGGCAAGCAGUGAGCCAGAAACUGUUAUGCAUUAUGAAUUUAUGCAAGACUACAAGGUGCACCUAAAGCAUUUAGAUGGGCACAUUGAAGAGGUUCCCUAUUUUUGCCUGCCAGCAAACGACCUGGUAGAUGUUAUUGCACCAUCAUGCUAUAGCUGCUUUGACUACACAAAUGGCUUGGCGGAUUUGGUGGUGGGAUAUAUGGGAGUACCAAAAUAUGCUGGAGUCUCCAUGACACAGCAUCCUCAGUACAUUACAGUCAGGAACGAUCGUGGAUGGGAGAUGCUCAGCCUGGUAGAUGGCCUUCUGGAGAGCACACCUACUAUUAGCAGUGGCUCCAGGCAACCAUUUGUUAUGGAGACAGUGAAAGCUGACGAUGCUGCAAAAUUGGGGAAAGGCCCUUCGAAACCAGCUCCUAGAUUUGUCGGCGACAUUCUGGCCUUCCUGCUGAACCUGGUUGGACCCAAGGGUCUGGAGUUCGCACGCUACUCUCUGGAUUAUCACACCAUUCGGAAUUACCUGCACGUUAGGCGGGCAUGGGGAAAACAGAGAGCUGAGCAGCACAUCCCCGGGUAUGCCAAGAAGAUCGUGGAGGCCUACGACAAGGACGGACGGAUCGAGGCAAUGGUUACGCAGUCAACUGACUGA